GGCGUAGACAAAUACAUACACAUACACAGCAGCAAAUCUCAUCAGUCAUCAACGCCAACCCCUAUAUCUAUCUCCCCCGCCCUUCGAAUCAUCUCUUCUUCUAAAUUCUCGAUUUUCUUCGAUCAAAAUUCACCCUUAGAUUCUCAAUCCGAUUCACAGGUAAAUCAGAUUGGACAUCUGCUGUUUACUGGUUUUAUGAUUCGAUCUGUAGUGUGUAUGAAUAAAUCUGCUGCGCGGUUUUUCUCGAUUGGCUGUUUGGAUUUGAUUGGAAUUUGGAGGAGAUGGUGAGAGGAUUGGCGGUGCGAUUGGAUUGAAGGAGAAGAAAUGCCAGGAUUAACGCAGAGGAAUGAUCAGCACAGCGGGGCGGUUUCUUUUAAUGGAUCCGUUUCCGGCAAUGGAUUCUGGUCAAAGCAUCGCGACGACGUCAGCUACAAUCAGCUCCAGAAGUUUUGGAGUGAGCUUCCAUCCAAAGCUCGACAGGAGCUUUUGAGGAUUGAUAAGCAAGCGCUUUUUGAGCAAGCUCGUAAGAAUAUGUAUUGCUCUAGGUGCAACGGGUUAUUGCUGGAAGGUUUUUGGCAAAUUGUCACGUAUGGGAAGUCUUUGCAACAGGAGGGAGCAGGCAUGCAUCAUGCUUGCAAUGGAAUAGGGACCUUGAAAAGUCAAGGUGAAGAUGAUGUACAAGAUCCAUCAGUGCAUCCUUGGGGAGGCUUAACCACAACUCGAGAUGGAGCCCUUACGCUACUAGACUCUUAUAUAUUCACAAAAUCUCUGAAAGGACUCCAAAAUGUUUUCGACAGUGCACGUGCAAGAGAACGUGAGAGGGAAUUGCUGUAUCCUGAUGCCUGCGGUGGAGGUGGUAGAGGUUGGAUAAGUCAAGGAAUGGCUGGUUAUGGAAGAGGUCAUGGAACGCGAGAAACAUGUGCUCUUCACACUGCCAGACUUUCGGUUGACACAUUGGUAGAUUUUUGGUCAGCCCUUGGAGAAGAGACUCGCCAGUCUCUUCUAAGAAUGAAGGAAGAGGACUUUAUUGAAAGGCUUAUGUACAGAUUUGAUAGCAAGAGGUUUUGUAGAGAUUGCAGAAGGAAUGUUAUACGUGAGUUCAAGGAGCUAAAGGAACUGAAGCGGAUGAGGAGAGAACCUCGCUGCACCAGUUGGUUUUGUGUAGCAGAUACAGCAUUUCAAUAUGAGGUUUCCCGUGAUACAAUCCAAGUAGAUUGGCAUCACACUUUCAUUGACACUUUUGGGACAUAUCAUCAUUUUGAAUGGGCAGUUGGAACUGGAGAAGGAAAAUCUGAUAUCUUGGAGUUUGAAAAUGUUGGUUUGAGUGGAAGAGUUCAAGUGAAUGGUCUAGACCUCAGUGGUUUGAGUGCGUGCUACAUUACUCUUAGGGCAUGGAAAAUGGAUGGCCGUUGCUCUGAGCUUUCUGUGAAGGCUCACUCUAUGAAAGGGCAACAAUGCAUUCAUUGUAGGCUUAUGGUUGGAGAUGGUUUUGUUACAAUUACAAGAGGGGAAACCAUCAGAAGGUUUUUUGAGCAUGCUGAAGAGGCUGAGGAAGAAGAGGAUGAUGAUUCUAUGGACAAAGAUGGAAGUGAUCUCGAUGGUGAAUGUACCCGUCCUCAAAAACAUGCAAAGAGUCCUGAACUUGCUCGGGAGUUUCUUCUUGAUGCUGCAACUGUAAUUUUCAAGGAACAGGUUGAAAAAGCUUUCAGAGAAGGAACAGCACGCCAAAAUGCGCAUAGUAUUUUUGUAUGUCUUGCAUUAAAAUUACUGGAAGAAAAGGUUCAUGUGGCUUGCAAGGAUAUUAUCACUUUAGAGAAACAGAUGAAACUUCUUGAAGAAGAAGAGAAGGAAAAACGUGAAGAAGAAGAGCGCAAAGAGCGAAGGAGAAUAAAGGAAAAGGAGAAAAAGCUUCGAAGGAAGGAAAGAUUAAGAGAGAAGGAGAAGGAUAGAGAGAAGAAAAGUUCUGACUUGAACCAAAAUCAUUCUGACAUUGUAAAGGAGGAAUUGAUAUCUUGCUUGGAUGAAGAGUCCAAGGUUAUUGAGAACAGGCAUUCCGGCAGUGAGAUGGAGGAAGCUACUGCAUCAAGCCCUUUAUGUCAAAACAUUCAAAAUGACGUACUUCUAAAUGGGUAUACUCCUUCAGAUACGCAACAUUACGCUGAUGACUGUGCAGAUGGGGAUAUUGCCAGUUUGAAAGAUGAUAGCGAGUCCUAUCCACUUGAUGAUUUGAGAUAUUCUCACCAAAACAUGAAAUUUUGGAAAGACUUUCAAAUGGAUUCAGGCUUGAAAUGGCCAGGUAGGCGGCUACUUGUUUCUGAGAACAGGGAUAUGGUUAGCAAACAUGAAGCAAGACGCCAUUGUGAUGGCUUUGAAUCUUCAAGGAGUACUAAUAGAUUAAACAAGCAAUUGAGAAGUAAUGCUGCAAAGUCCAAUGUUAGAAAUGGUGCCCCCAAGUUCACUGAGAAGUUUCAGUGUGCCAACCAUAGACAGAAUGAUAGAUAUGACUUCCAUUCUUGCAGCUGUAACCAACAUACUGAUCACAGAGUGAAGGUAGAACCUUCCAUGUCCAGAGGGACCUGGGAGGCUAAACCAGUAAGUAAGUCAGGUUCUGCAUCAGAUAUCAACAAGCAAUAUCAUAUUAGCAAGUAUAGUCAGACGGAAUACAUGCGUGAGAAUUAUGCAAGCCCUAAAAACAAAAUUAGUACUUGGAGUAACCGUUCUAACAGGGAUUUACCUACUACCAAGAAAGUGUGGGAGCCAAUAGAAUCACGAAAGUAUCCACGAAGCAACUCAUAUUCAGACGUUACACUAAGAUCAUCUACAUUUUGUACUGAAACUAGUGAAACUGAUAAACAUCUCAAAUCUUCUGCUGCCAAUAGCUCUGAUGAAAUGUCUGAGAUUCCUGUUCUGAUCAGACAUGAAGAGACAGAUGAACAAGAUUUGAGAAAGUCUAGCACUGAAACAAAAAAUAGUUGCCAAAGCGGUACCCAUUUGGAAGUGAAGUCCCCAGAGUGUCAGAAGGAAGUAGCCGACGUAGAAGUUGAAUUGCAGAUUAGGAAUAAAUCAUCUCUACAAGGGGCUUCUGAUUUAUCAAUACACAGCUCUUCUACUUCUGAUAAUUGUUCAUCCUGUCUCAGUGAGGGAGACAGCAAUUCUUCCUCUGCAAAUCUCCUUAACCCAGAAUCUUCCUCUACAUCAGAUUCUGAAGACUCAAGUCAACAUUCAGAAGAAAGACCAUUGUGUCUUCAAAGUGGCUUCAGUGAAUGUCAUGACGUUGCACCCGGAGUAAAGCGAACUGCUGAAAGAAGGGCAGAUGUUAACAGUUCGGUUCCAGUUUCUUCAGGAGCUGACUUUUCGGUAAAAGUACCCUGUUCAUCUACUUCGAUUUCACAAGGUGAAAAACCAAGUGUUACUUUGGGAAUUCAACCACAAGCUGUACUUCCACCUGUUGGUAGUCAGAACAUUCACUUCCCAAUGUUUCAAGCUUCAACAAUGGGCUACUAUUAUCAGAGUCCAGUUUCAUGGGCUGCAGCACCUGCAAAUGGUUUGAUGCCAUUUCCCCAUCCCAGCCACUAUUUAUUAACAAGUCCUUUUGCCUAUGGUCUAAGUGGAAGUGCACCAGUCAUGCAUUAUGGUGCCUUACAGCACAUGCCUCAACCACUGUUUAAUCCUGGUCACUUAACUGUGCUCCAGUCAGUUGCUCAAACCAAUGGUGGUGUCAAUUCAAAAGAACAUAACAAGGUUUGCUGCAAUCAAGGUGGGGUGAAAGAAGGGGCUCCAAUUGGGCAGGAGACGGUGGAAGCACCCAUAAGUGGAACAACUGCACAAAAUGGCAAGUGUAACAAAUCUAAUGUGGAAAAUGCAGGUUUCUCUCUUUUCGCCUUCUCUGAUCCAACUUCUGUUAAAGAAGGGACGGUUGGAAAUUUCACGUCAGAAUUGUCAACAACAGAUAACAGAAAUGGUGAUCAUGGCUGCUGCAAUAAGAAGGAUCCCAUCGAGGAAUACAACCCAUUUGCAAAUGGCAUCAAGUUUUCAUUCUCUGAUAUAGUUAAAUAACCUCAAUGAGGUAGCUGCUGCUGUUUUUUCUUCCGCAGUCUCUGUUCUCCAUUGAGUUAUGGAAGCUUGAGUAUUUGUAAUGUGGCACACAAUAAUGCAUGCACCUCAGAACAUUUUAGCCUCUUUUUCUUUUCGUGAUUUAGUUGGGUGGAUUAUUUUUCAUUGCUUUGGACAGGAGAAAGGGUUGAGAGAACGUCAUAAAGUUUAUAAGGUUUUCUUGUGUGCUAUCAGGUUUUCCAUUGGAGGUAAUGGCUUGAUUUUCCUAGUAAUAUUCUCUAUUUUGCCCCUUA